AGCAUUAUGAUGAUGACAUGCUUCAUGAUCCUAGACAGUCUUGCUGGCGCGAACUUCAACCUCUUAUUUAGUCUAUCAACAUGCGGAUGCGCUGUGGGUAUCUGUCUAUUUCCGUUAUUAGCGGAGAGUCUCCUGGUAGCUUACGACUGGCGCGGUGUGCUUCUGAUCAUUGGGGGCCUCAUGUUUAACAUAGUCCCUUGUGUCAUUGCCAUUAGAAUACCGGCGCAACGCCUUGCGUCAGGAGGUGACGUGGAAUCAUUGCACACACUUAGUUCAGGGACUUGUGCAUCGGAAUCGAAGGGAAUAAAACGGAAUUUCCCCUGCGAUGGAGGUGGCGUCACCGGCGAGUAUAAAGCUAAACACAAUGAAACAGAAGACCCUAAUCAAGAACUAUUACUCACGCGUAGUUCCUCACGUCCGGGGCUCUCUAAACGGGGCUCUACCUACGAAGGAGUUGACGUCGUUUGCGAGAAUGAAGCCGAAAACAUCCCCGGUACAGACAAAAGCAGUGAUAAGGAGCCGCUACUCAAUGCUUGCGUGGGACAAGAUUUUCCAGCCAUACUUGCAAACGAGUCAUCUUCUCUUGGGAAGCCCUCUUACAAGAACCGCCUGGAAAGUGUUGAUGAUGAUGGUAUACCGAGCAGGAUGAAGGCAUGGUUACGAAAUACGGAGCUUUAUGGAAAUCCAGUUUCAAUUUUCAUUAUCCUAUCUUUUGCCAUUCACGAAAUCGUAUACAUCGGUUGGCAUACUUUUCUCAUUCCACAUGCCCUCCAAAGGGGACUAUCAAUUAAACAAACCCUCAUUCUGACCUUUAGUGCUGCCCUUGGCAACGUGUCUGGACGCAUCCUUGUUGGAAUCUUAACCCAUAGACUCGUAGAUCCUAUCAGCCUAUACCUAACUUUCACUAUCUUGAACAUCGCUGCAUUGUUAUGUGAUAUUUUCAUUCCAUUUUUCUACGUCAUGUUGAUUGCGUCAUUAUGUUCUGGUGCCUCGGUUGCAGGAAGAGCUACUCUGGGACCUUAAGCUGUAAAGAGCAGAGUGUCCCCGGCGAAUCUUGCCAUGGUUGUCGGGGUCAUGGACGUAUUUGGGGGAUGUGGAGCUAUAAUCGGAGGUUACAUGGCAGGAUGGAUCGCGGAUUUAUUUUCUUCAUAUGAUGCGACGUAUAAUUUUAUCGUUGCGGUUGAUGUAUUUACCUUCAUUUCGAUGGCAAUACCCAAAGUAAUGAAGAAACCAGAUGUGUCAUAGUGACUUCCAUGAUGGGUGCAUAAGCUCGUUUUAAACGCCAUGCGACACAAACGCGACUAAGGUCCUUGGGCAAGGCAUUUUGGGCAUUGCUCCUCUUCAUCCAGGUAAUAAUAAAAAAGAACGAUAGUAUUUCCUUACACAUGAUGAAUUAGUAAUACAAAUGAA